AGUUAUUUCUGCUCUAAUUUGCGCGUGUGCUCCAGUAAUUUCAGCAGAGCAAAAAAUGGCAGGAAAGGCCUCGGUCGCGCUGUUCCUGGCCGUCAACAUGGUCGUGUUCGCCGUGGCCAGCGCCACCUGCGGUGGCGGCUGCCCCACGCCGUCGACCCCGUCGACUCCUACCCCGACGCCGGCCUCGAAAGGCAAGUGCCCCCGCGACGCGCUGAAGCUGGGCGUGUGCGCCAACGUGCUGAACCUGAUCAAGGCCAAGGUGGGCGUGCCGCCGGCGGAGCCCUGCUGCCCGCUGCUGGAGGGGCUCGUCGACCUCGAGGCUGCCGUGUGCCUGUGCACCGCCAUCAAGGGCAACAUCCUCGGCAUCAACCUCAACCUGCCCGUCGACCUCAGCCUCAUCCUCAACUACUGCGGCAAGACCGUGCCCACCGGCUUCAAGUGCCUCUGAUAAGCGAACCGAUCGAUGCAUUUGCAAUGUGUCUGCCAAGAUUCUUUUGCUAGCUACUAGUUGCAUGCAUGCAUGCAUGCAUUGCAUAGGCAAAGUACGUAUGUGUGUAGCUGGUUUGAUCAGAUUUUGCAUUUCCGUGUUUCCUGUUAUUCCUGUCCAUGCGUGGACGUGUCCCUGAACUCUUUGGGCUAUUCAUUUGUAUCCGUCGAUUUGCCUGCAUGAAUAAAAUUUCUUUGCUACUUGUGCU